AUGAUAACUGGCGCCGAGGGUAGGCAAACGCACACACUGUUGGACUUAAAGAAGCAGCAAUGGGCGAAGGAGCGUGAGGAAAUCGCCCGCAUGGACGAGCUUAUCUCUUCCUCCCACCAUCAUCAGCACUCAACUAUGGCAUCGUCGCAUCAUUCGCACAAAAUCGAACGCACCUCCAUACGCACCUACUAUUCGAAUAUGGAUGUGAGUAAACAGCGCAGCUCGCGUCAGCAAUUAUUCCAACAACAGCAACAGCAACCACUACAACCGUACGCACCAGAACUGUUGCCACGUUAUGCGCAACACAACGUCAAUCCCUACGCCGUGCCGCUGACACAAAGCAAUAUGCCAGUGCAACAUGUUGCACGACAGCAACAACAAAUUUUACGCGGUGGCAACAACUAUGACUAUGAACUCGAUCGAUACGUAGAUGUGGUCAAUGAUGAGCUGGGCGUUGAUGGUGAUUAUGAAGAUGACGAUUGUGGCUACCAACGCAUGCGACCGCUGGCACGACGUGCUACCUUCAUGCCACAUGCGACAGGACGUCGGAAUCACACGACCAGCAUGAUGUCGCAAAUACCAGGACAACGCAAAUAUGCCUACGAUGAGCUGACGUUGCCCGAUGCAGGUCUACAGACGGCCAAAGCACGCAUGCAACACGCACCCACACUGCCCCAGCAGCAGCAGCAACCGCCGCUUGCGCCACAAAUGCGCAUACGCAGCCCAAGUUUGCCGAUAAUACGCCACCAGGACUAUGUUAAACGACAGGCGCCACAGCAGCGAAUGGCUGGUGGCAUGCCGCAACAGAAAAUGCCACCACAGGCAACACAGUUAGCGCCAGCGGCGGUAUGCGCCAUUGGCAUUCCUGUGGGUGCACCUAGCAACGCGCCCCAUCGAUCUAACAAUCCAAACAAUCCAGUGAAUCCUGGUUGCCAGGAGGAAGACACCUCGGGCUAUCGCAGCGAUUCGCCGAAGAACCCACACACGCCGGAAAUCUGGUAUAACGAUGCCGCCAGUUUGCAACGCAGCGGCAGUAGCACAACGAAUAGCGGUUUGCUUGGCGCUAAUGGCAGUGGUGUGGAGGUUGGUGCGGUACCCGUUGCUGUUGGUGUGGGCGGCGUUGUUGAGGGAGCCAACGAGUUGGCGAGACGCGCUAAGCAUGCAAUAACAGGUCAACAACUUGCGAAGUGUCAGAAACAACAACAAAUGCAACAGUAUGCAUGCGAUGAAGUGCAACAGCAGCAGCAGCAACAACAACUUAUGAAUUCCACCUACGUUGUGGCGCGUUCAUAUAACAGUGGCAUGGACGACAGUUGCCAGGGCAGCUAUUACAUGACGCCGCUGAGUCCCUCAAAUCUCAGCACACGCGACAUUUCCACAUCCAAUACAUAUCCCAUACAUCCUGGCGAUCAGCACGAGUACUAUAUCAACACAACAACAGCUCAACAGACUCAUGACGAGCGCGAACGUGCUAAGUGGUCUAAUUAUAAUAACAACAAUGAGUACACAGGGAAACCGAUUAACGGUCCGAACUGGUUGAAUCGUGGCCUACACGAGCUGAAGGAAAGCGAAGACGACACACAAUCGAUGCACUCGUCUUACUUACGCGGUCAGAACGCGCCCGUUGAUCCCGUCACUAUGGCCGAACGUAUCGACAAACGACGCAAGGCAGCCGAGUAUCACAAUGCGAUCAAACAACAGCUGCACGAGCGCGAAAUGUUGCGCAAGUGGGAGAUGGAGCGCCACAAGCAAGAGGAAAUGUUGGAAGAGGAGCGUUUGCAUAGACAGAAACAACUGGAGCAGGAACGUUUGGAAUACGAACGGCGACAGCAAAUGGAACGUGAAGCCGUGCAGAAGAAGAAGCAACAAGCCAUGUUGGAUGCGAUUGCAAAGGCAGAAGACGCGGCUAAGCAAGAGAAGCAACGCAAGCGUAAGCAACGUGCCCCGCCAAUGGAGAAGGAGCAACAAAAACAGGAAGCUGAAUCGACACUUGAAACUGCAGAGGCAGUAGAAGCUAAGUUGAUAAAGGCGAAAGGUACCACACGCAAUCGCGCCAAGAGGAGUGUAACAGUUCAACAACGAGAUGACAAAGCCGAGUAUGAAAGGCAGCCUGAUAAAAGAGAGAAAACUGAGCGGACUCACGAAGUACAAAUAAUGCGUCUGCAGAGUGUUGAGGAGCCUGUGAAGCCAUCCGCAACGCCACCUCCUAAAGAAGAGGAAGCUCGAUUGAAUGAAAAUUCAGCAAUGGAAACUAAACCGCAAGCACUUGCUGCAGAUACUAAAAAUGAGGAACGCCUGGAAGAGGAUGAAGAAGAAGAAAAGGUGCUCAUAGGCACACCCAUAAACUUACGACGAAUUAUUAAGAAAAAACCCGGGAACGCCGCCGAAAAUACGAAAGAGCCGAAGAAGCUGCACGUUAAAGCCGACUUGCCGCCCGAGAAUGUCGCUGUUAUCAUGCAGCCAGCCACGCUUAUACCGCUGCCUGUGACGACCGAUAUAUUUGGACUACAAAAUGCUAUCGGGAAUCUACAGAUCGCUACAUAUUGGAUGCAGCAACAGCUCAAACCGAAUACGGCUGCCUCGACGAUGGAUUUUUCCAAAACAACUGGUGAUGGCACACAACGGACGGCAACUUCAAUCUCCACGGAAGACGGCUAUCAGAUGGAGAGUGUGGUUGAAGACGAGCGAAAGAGUGUAGAGGAAAAAGUGGAUGAGAAAAUAGAAGCCAAGUCAAUUAAAAAUAUAGGUGGAAAUUCCAAACCCGAAGAGCUGGCACUCAUCCCACUAGAAGCCGGGACCGCAGUUGCAGGUGAGCAGCACUUAAUCGAACAGCAAGCGCAUCAGGAUGUGGAGACACAAACAGAGUUGCCACUCAAUUGUGAUCUCUGUCUAUUUCAUGACAAUUUCUAUAAAGUGCUACUGAAGCGUGAAGUUUCCACCACAACAACAACGCAGACAUCUAAGACAAAAGAUAAACCAGCCAAAGAGGCGGAUAAAGAUCAAGAAACGACAACUACGACCACAACCACAACGACCACGACGUUUAAGGCGAAGGCCAAAGACAAAGAUAAGGAAAAAGACAAGGACAAGGAUAAAGAUAAAGACAAGGAAAAGGAAAAAGAGAAAGAACGCGAACGCAAUAAGCGUAAUCAGAAGGAUGGUGUGCCACACAAUGCAAGUCUCACCGUAAGUACACACAGUAACCACAAUCACAGUCACAACCACAAAGUGGACGACCGCCCUAAGUGGGGUGUCAAUCGGCCUGUCGUGCAAUAUGUGAAGGCCAGCGAACGCGAUCCUUUCUAUUUGCGCAAUAAGAAGAAGCAUAAUAAUAAUCAUCACGUCAAAGCGCCACGUUCGCAAUCGGUUGAUGCGCGGCUCGAUAGCGCCGCCGCUGACGCUGAAGAUGGUGAGACCGAUCGUGAUGUCGAUAGCGCUGAUGAGCAGGAGAGCUCGUCAAAUGUGGAGGAAGGCUUUUUGUUGAAGGCACGCAAUGUCUGCACGGAAAUUUUACCCAUCAAAACGGAUGAGAAGGGGCGCAUAUUUUUGAAUUUCCGCGAAGCAAGCGCCAUUAUGAAUGAGGAUGAGAUCAAAGAUAAGUUAAGACAGCGUUACUUUAAUUUCGGCCGAAUACUACCACGUCGCAGUUGGGCUUCGGCCACACAGCAGGGUUUGCAAUUUAGAGCAAUGGCUCCGACAGCGGUCGCAGCGCAACCCACAGCACAUUUAGCUGAUGAUUAGCUAACACCUUUUUCGAAGGCAAUUUAUAGUAGAGCAGGGUGUAUGGGUGAAGUUUGGUCAUAACUAGUUAGAAAUAACUACACUACGUUAUAGUUUCUUUUUUAAUUUUUUUUGUAGCAGAGAAAGCAUAAGCGGAAAGUGUUUUUGCCAAGUUGAAAAUCAAGCUACUGCAAAUUGGCGUACCGAUUGUCACAUGCCAUUACUUAAAAAGUCUUCUUAGAAGCACAUUUUCAUUGAUUUUCACUUUUUAUUUAUUUAUUUUUAUUUUCCCUCAAGAUUUUAAUCAUAUGCAUUUUGAGGAAGCCAACUUAUUUUCUCAACGUCUGUCCAAAAAUUCGUAUGUAUACAUAUUAAUCCACACUCGCUUUCAAUAUCUGCCUAAAUCUGAAAGAAACCGUUUUUCUGGUACUAAAUUUGAUGGGUUUUGCUUGCUUUAACCUUCGAUCAACCAAAGAUUUAAUAAUAGUCUUUAUAACAGAAAAUCUGUUAUCUGAUCCCUAUGCCCCUUUUUCGUAGUUUCUAUGUAUAGAAAGUUCGUUGAGGAAUGUAUGAGUUGUGUAAUUUACACACCUUUUCAAGAUUCUACCUCCAUUUGGUGAAAAUAUUACUGAACUUUACUGAGGUUGUAUACGAAAUGCUACUACUAGCUACUGGCGAAAUUCGGGCAAGCUCCUAGCGCAUUUUAUGACUUCCUCUGUUGAAGAACUACGAGUACUGAUACUCAGCUAAAAAAAUUAAUAAAAAAAAUUCCGGUUUUCAGGAAGAAAUUUAUAUUUGAAGACUGACUACAUAUUACUUGUAGCUCAAUGUAUCCGAUUUUAUCGAAAUAAUAUUGUCUUUUGGCUGAUUUUGACAGUCUUUCAUUAUUUAACCAUUAAUUUAUUAAAUAGUUAUGCAAAAUAGAAAUGACUUAUUCCUAGGUCUGAAUAGGUUGCCAUCCUUUCUACCCGAAGCCAUCGUAUUCCAGUGGCGAAUGAAAUUAAGGUUACCAUUAAUGACAUUGGAACUUAUAAAACUUUGUCCUUAGCAAUUAAGGAAAACGAUAAAGAUAUAAGAACUUUGUAUUUGAAUACUCGCAUUUAAACGCUCAUGCACACAUAUAAUCAUACACACAUACUUACAUACCCCUAAUACAAGUAAAAUAAAGUCUUAAAAAAUACUCACACAUCACAAA